AUGUCUGAAAAUUCAUCAGAAGAAGAAGCUGAUGGUCAUGUCACGGAGAAUCGGCGGAAAGCGGGCCGCAUCGCCAGGUUCCUUAAAAUCGCGCUCCCUCAUUUUGGGCUCUACUGCUUCCUGUUCUGCUACUUGAUCUUCGGGGCCUGGAUGUUUGCAAAAAUCGAGAACGAGACGGACCUCCAGCUGCAACAUGAAAAGGCAAGGAAAGCGGGUCUUGUGGAUUUUUGCGGAUUCCUGUACGUGGCAGCUGGUGGCAACAAGACAUUCCUCGAGGCCUUUUUCGUCACCUUCAAUCUUGUCGCGAAUUUGACGAUGGGGGAAAUGCCGACAGAUCUCAAUCAUGCGCUUACGCUAAUUUAUAUAUUUCUCUUUGUCACUUUUGGCGUCGCCGUACUGUCGAUGUGCGCCGAGUUGGCCGCUCUUGAGUUGAAGGACCUAUUCCUAAAGAUCCACUACUUUGGGAGGAGAAUCAUCAAGCGUAAGAAGCGUCCCGAGCAGAUAGAGGAACUGCUGAAGAUUAUCGUCGAGAUACGCCAGAAAUAUCCGGAGAAACAGCAUAUUACGACGCUGGAUAUAUUGCAGUACAUGAACGAGCGGUCGCUGAACACCUCGACCCCGUUGGUGGACCGCCGGGAUACGAUAGCUUUCAUGCCACAGACUGUCGAGACCCUGAAAUUUGCCGACGAGGGUGACCAAGAGGAGCGAUCUCUUAGCCGGGUAGAAGAGUUGCCGUUGCUGGAUAAGAGCGUUGAAGUGUGGGCGGUGUUCAGCGAGAGUGAGCUGGAGGAACGGCUACGGCAGCAUCCGGUGCAGCAUCAGAAGCGGAUUUUGGGGCGGCUGCAAAGGCAGAAAAGG